AUGCGCAAAUUGACUGCCAAUUCAGUCCUCCAGUUGAAGAUUGCGUCCCUGAUGCAGGUGGCUCCCAAGCUCACAGCCCCGGAUUAUCACGAUUACAUCCAGCUGGAGAAACUCAUAAAGGACAAAACUCAUCAAUCUUCUCAGGGGCUGGCAGGAGCUAUCCCUCAGACUUUGUCCCUUGAAAAAUGGAUCAAGACCGAGCGAGCAAUUGCCCUGGAAGGAGUCCUCGACAAUAUUGGCGCCAAUGGUACCAAGGUUGCUGGAGCAGGACGCGGUCUCGUCAUCGCCAGUCCAUCAAAGUCAAAUCCUGACUACUUCUACACUUGGACUCGCGACUCUGCCCUCACUUUCCGGACCAUCAUCGACGACUUCCUCUUUGGAAACAAGGCCCUUCAGCCACACAUCGAGAACUACAUCUACUCCCAGGCUAUCCUCCAAACGGUCAGCAACCCAUCAGGCUCACUUCUCCCCAACGGUGCUGGUCUCGGCGAGCCCAAGUUCAACGCUGAUGGGUCGAGAUACAAUGGGAACUGGGGUCGGCCUCAGAGAGACGGUCCUCCAUUGAGGGCUAUCUCUCUCAUCCAGUAUAGCAACUAUCUUAUCUCCCAAGAGCAGAAGGAGAGGGUUAAGAGGGAGAUCUGGCCAAUCAUUAGCAAUGAUCUGAACUAUGUUGGGCAGUACUGGAACGCCACAACCUUUGACCUUUGGGAGGAAGUUUCUGGCGCUUCCUUCUUCACCACCCAAUCCCAAUACCGCGCCCUCAUCGAGGGCUCUACCCUCGCUAAGUCCCUCAAUCUCUCUUGCCCAGCUUGCUCGCAAGCCCCUCAGAUCCUCUGCCUGCUUAAUUCGUACUGGAACGGCGCCUACUACACGGCAAACUUCAUCACCUCCACGGCCGGACAGCCAACUGGCCGGGUAGGCAUAGAUGCAAACACGAUCCUUGGGCCGAUCAUGGCCUUUGACCCCAAUGCUUCAUGCAACAGUCCUACGCUACAGCCAUGCCAUCCAAAAAGCCUGGCCAACUUCAAAGCUGUCGUUGACACCUUCCGCACUCUCUAUCCCAUUAACGAAGGCAUCCCUGUCGGUAAAGGCAUUGCUUUAGGCCGCUACCCCGAAGAUACCUACUUCGGCGGCAACCCCUGGUACCUAAUCGUCCACGGGGCCGCAGAAUUUCUCUACGACGUCGCCCUGUCCUGGUCUCGCCAGGGGCAGAUAACCAUUACUUCAACCUCACUUCCCUUUUUUAAGGACCUCUAUCCCUCUGCCAAAAUCGGGACAUAUUCGAAGUCUCAUCCAACUUACCAUGCCUUGGCAAAAGCCGUGCACGCCUACGCCGACUCCUUCAUCGAGGUCUCCAAGAAAUAUACUCCCUCCAACGGCAUGCAAGCAGAGCAAUUCCUCCGCAUUUCCCCCGGGACUCCAACCUCCGCCGCAAACCUGACCUGGUCCUUCGCCUCCUUCAUUUCCAUGACUCACCGGCGCGAUGGACAUCUUCCUGCAAGCUGGGUCCCGACUGGUCGGAAUGCCCCUGUUUUGCCCCAAAUUUGUACCCCAAGCGACGGCUCCUUCAUUGGCACCUUCGCUCCCGCAACCGAGGCCGGCGCACCCAACAUCAAAAUCCCCUGCCUCACAACUGUCCGCUUCAUGGUCGACGCACCGACUUACUACGGCGAGAACGUCUUUAUUACGGGCAGCACGCCCACACUAGGGAACUGGGACGUGUCUAAAGCUUAUCCCUUACUCAGCAGCAAUUAUACUGCUGAACGCCCGCUCUGGUGGGCAGACGUCCUGCUGGAGUUUGAGGAGGGCUUUAAGGGGGGCGAGGUGAGGUAUAAGUAUGCUAGACAGCAGGAUUGUGGGCAGGAUUGGAUUGUUGAGCAGGACGAGAGGGUUGUGACUGUGCCGGGGUGUAAGGUUGGGGGUUCGGGGGUUGUUGAUGUGGUUGUGGAGGAGGUGUUUAACGGGGAUGGGGGCACUCCCGGCGGUUGCUAA